AUGUCGUCCGAACAAGAGACGAAGAGCACUGAAGAAACCUCAAUCGGCGGAAACCUCGACGCUGCCGGCGCUGCCUCAGGAGCUGCAAACAUCGGAGCAAACGCCUCUUCCAAGAAGUCGGAAGAGAGACGAAAGCCCAAAAAGCUCGGCCAGAAAGGUCAAGCAAACGGUGAAAAGGCAGACGGCGAGGGCGAAGCGGACGGCAACCCGGACGAAUCUCCAACACCACAACCCAAGAUGGAUCCUCAGUCAUCAGCAUCAGCAUCAGCCCGCUCCGGGUCCCGACGGGGCAGCCGAGGUCGCGGCCGAGACUCGAGUGAGCCUCCUAGUGACGCCGACAGCGCAUAUCGAAGCGACGUUUCGCAGAAAGGCGGACGACGGAACAGAAACCGGAACAGAGGCAAGGCCCAGGCCCAGACACAAGCCCAGACACAACAGCAGGGGAAGGGCGGCCUCCUCGGCGGCGGCGGCGGCGGACCCCUCGACGCAGUUGACGAGGUUGGCGACACAGUAAACGGCGUCGUCGACGGCGCCGGAAACCUCGUGAACGACACUGUCGGCAAGACCCUGAGCAAGCCCCACGAAGCUCUGGGCGGCCUCCUCCACAGCAAAGGGGGCAAGGAAGGCGAAGGCGAAGAGAAAGACGAAGGGGAGAACGAGCAAUUGAGAUUACGACUCGACCUGAACCUGGACAUUGAAGUCCAACUCAAGGCCAAAAUCCACGGCGAUCUGACUCUAGGCCUAUUGAACUAGUGCAUGACCCCGAUCCGAUACCGUCCUCUGAAACCCCCUCAAUAUACCUCUACAAGCGCAGCCAUUACAGCCAACCAGCAGGCAAGAGUUGGGGAAGCUCGAAC